UUAGCGAAUAGCUGUUGUGGUGACGUCACGGCGGGCUGCUAAGGAAGUGCACUGUACUGGUGGAGGUUGGCACAGAGUCCCCUCAUCCAGCAGGAAUGAUGGCAACUCUGGAAGAGACUGUCACCGGGGCACAGAUUGUUGCAGAAGCUUUAGUAGCACAAGUAAGGCUUCUUAUGUGUUGUGCUUCUCUUGUAAUGCUCACCUACCUAUUAUAUCACUUGGUGAACCUAUAUGUCUUAAUCCAGCAUUUAAACUAAUAAUAAUAAUUACCAUGGUGGUUAGUUUUGGGCAUAGCAUCCUUUGUAAGCUAUAUUUCCUUGGCAUGUCUGGCUGAGCGUCAUGGGAAACGUAGUCAUUAGCAACUUGGAGUGCCAGAACGUGACCAUCACUAUAAAAGCUGUAUCUUAAUGUUACAUUAGUGAUCCCACUGACUCACAUAACACUGAAUAGCAACUGUCCAGUGCACCAGUACUGCCUUCAUAGUGCAAUGUAAAUCAAUAUAACACUAGGGAGAAUCUACAGGAUUAAAAAGAAUUCAGUCAAUGUAACAUUUAAAGGGACACUAUAGUCACCAGAACAACUACAGCUUAAUGUAGUUGUUCUGGCGUCUAUAACCUGUCCCUGCAGGCAUUUUAAUAUAAACACUACCUUUUCAAAGAAAAGGCAAUGUUUGCAUUGCUGCCUAUGAACACCUCUAGUGGCAGGCAGAUGGCCACUAGAGGUGCUUCCUGGGUCAGUGCUACACAGUGUAGCUUUGCAUGUGUUUGCUGAUUGUUCCUAAUAGUGAUGCAUUAAGUUCAAUGCGUCUCUAUGAGGAGAUGCUGAUUGGCACUAGCCUUCCAUUGGGAAAGCAUUGGAUUGGCUGAGAUUGUCAAUUUUGAUGAAGGGGGGGCCGGCCAUCUAAUGUGUUUUUAACAUUAUAGGAUCAGCAAUACACGUUUGUACUCCUGACUCUAUAGUGUUCCUUUAAAUUUGAAAUUCACUUUGAAUUCUCACUUUAGUAAAUAAUCCUGCUAAUGAGUGUUUUGAAGAAUUCAUCUUAAUACAAUUGAAGAAUGUGCCACUGAAAUUAUUUUAAAAUAGAAUUGUUUGGCAAUCUCAUUCCUUGUGCAUAUUUUUGGUCUCUGCAAAAAAAAAAAAAAGGUUGAGACCAUCAAUCCCGAUACAAGUCUCAAACCUUUCACUGGACACAAAACACAUGACUUUGUCGUGUAAUAAGGCCAGAGGAUGAGAACACUUGGGGGUGGAGGAGCAGGAGCUUCUGCAGUCAAGACUUGUCAGUUUCCUGAGCUGUCACAAGCAACUGUCUCAGGCAAGUAUAUCAUUUCUUCUGAAACAGCAUUUUACCAAAGCCAAUAGGUGGUUGGGGUGAAAGAGCCAUGUACUGCACUAGAAUAAUGCAGGUGCUGUAUAUACAUGGACCUAUGUUCUUAACACUAUAGUCACCAAAGUAAGCUUAAUGUUUAGCUUAAUGAAGUUAUAGUGUAUAGAUCAUGCCCCUGCAGUCUCACUGCUCAAUUCUCUGUCAUUUAGAAAUUAAAGAACUUCUAAAUGUGUUUUGUUAGUUUUUUUUUUUUGUUUUUUUUUAAUCUCUGUAAAUUGAAUGUUAGCUAUUAGCAGAGAAUGAGAAAAGAAAUGUUAAAUUAAACAGAAUCUGCAAUAAAGGAAGUAUAAACAUUAGAUGACUUUACAGGAAAUGUUUAGGAAGGCUGUGCAAGUCGCAUGCAAGGAAGUGUGACUAGGGCUGCAUAGACAGUGAUUUAACUCCUAAAUGACAGAAUUGAGCAGUGAGACUGCAGGGACAUGAUCUAUACACGAAAAAUGGCUUCAUGAACGGGACUCCAUAGGCACCCAGUCCACUUCAGCUCAUUAUUUCCCAGAUCCAUACCCUGCAAAGAUAAUUAUUGCAGUUUUUAAGAAACUACAAUAAUUACUUUUCAGGGUUAACUCCCCUACAAAACAGCCACUAAAGGGACUUUGAAGUUGCUGUCGGGCAAAUCUUUGUUGUCUAACUGACGCUAAUCGUCCUCACGCUAUGCAUAGGAACAUCUAGCGUCACCCAAACCCCUUAGGAAAACCUUGUAUAAUGAUUUCCUAUGGGUAAAUCCUAAUGUGAGUGCAGCUAUUGCCGUGCAUGUGCAUAAGGUCUCCCCUGCCGAUGCCAGCCAAGGAGCGAAGGCGGACCGAGCCAGCGCUGGACUAAGGUAAGGAUCAGAAGGGGUGAUUAACCCCUUCUGCAUAGCGUGUAUCUCUAGUAAAUUAGUUUGUUUAUAGAACAGCCUGGAAUUGUGUCAUUAACAGGUCCUGUACAUUUAAUUCCUCAUUUCUCAAGAAAUCUGAAUAUUACUUUUAAAAUUGUUUAUAUAUUUGUAUUAUGUUUUUUUUUUCCCUUAGAAUGUAAAGUACAUGUUUGGUAUUGUUGGAAUUCCUGUUAUAGAAGUGGCUAUUGCAGCCCAGGUAGCUGGAAUCAAGUAUGUGGGGAUGAGAAACGAGCAAGCUGUAAGUUUUCCAAAAUUUUCUUCAAGAAAGUAGAACGGUCAUGUGAGAUUUAUGCACAAAAUAGUGUUUUUUGUUUUUUUAUUAUUAUUAUUAUUAUUAUUUUUUUUUUUUAAAUUCUCAACUUUUUAAAAACAUUAUUAUUAUUUGUUCAAUUUUCAUUGUAUGACUAGCUAUCCUGGCGCAGCCAGAGCAUACUAUUCCAUCAUGAAAAAAAGCCCAUAUGCGGAAGCUUUUAUAUAGCAAUUCUCUGCAGAUACCCAUUCCUGUGGGAAAGCAUUGGAUUGGCUGAGAUCAUCAAGUUUGAUGAUCUCAGCCAUGGAGGUGGUGCAAGUCUGAGCCAGCAGUGGCGAGGCUGUCGCAGCGUGGGGGGGAAAUGCAAAUAAAAUCACCUUUUUACUGAUCUGACAGAGGGGUCGGGGACCUAAAUAGUGGGUUUAACAAUAUAGUGUCAGGAAUACAGGUUUGUGUUCCUGACACUAUUGUGUUCCUUUAAUCAAAAUAGGUCAAAUUUUGCAUUACAAUCAUAGAUUUUUUUAUUUUUAUUUUAUUUUUUCAACUAUUGUUUCACCCUACAUGUAAAUAUUAAUCACGACUUGCUGUCUUAGUUAUUUUAUACUUUGAAAAUCCCAUUCUGGAGGCACAUUUAUUUAAAUAAAAAAUGUAAUGAGAAUGAUCCGCAUUAUGGCAGAACUGUGAGCUCUGUUUGUGUAAUCUAUGGCAUGUGAAUACCCCAGCUUUAAACAGGUGAUAUUUAUGCACCAUUCCCCAAAUACCAUAAGCCAAGCGUAGACCACCUUUGGCACUCCAAAUGUUGUGGACCAAAUGUCCCCUGAUGCUUUGCCAUUAUUAUGGCAGUAAGUGCGUUAUGGGAGAUGUAGUCUGGAAUACCAAAGGUUGCCUACUCCUGCCAAGCUAAUAUUACUUAAUAUACUUGGAUGGCCUUUUCUCAUCACUGUUCAGCAGAAAGGUGUAAAUGUACUUUGAUAUGGCUAUUAAUGUAGAAUGCUAAAACCUCCUUUUGCAGGCCUGUUAUGCGGCUUCAGCUGUUGGAUACCUGACCGGUCGGUAGGUAAAGCUAUUUCUAAAUUUAAUUCUAUGGAUCUUGAUUUGUAUACAGAAGUAAAAUAAUCUAAAGCCUAUCACCAAUCACCGUGACUGGGGCUUCUCAUUAUGUAACGGAGUUAUUCUUCUGAAUUCAUCGUAAACCUGUCUUUUUAGUUUGGCCAAUCUCAUAGUUUGUAGGGUUAAAAUAAUUGGGUAGGGCAAAGCACAGACGUGUGCUAUCAUGAGCUUUGUACGUACGUUAUUAUUAUCCUACUAUUUUGCAGAUGUGCAUUCUGUAACUGCAAAAUGCAUUUGCUCGGGCUCUCCUUAAGCUAAAAGGGUAAUCCAGACAUUGAGCCCAUGCUCACUGUGCCUAGAUGGGUAUAGAAACAUAGAAUGUGACGGCAGAUAGGAACCACUUGGCCCAUCUAGUCUGCCCAAUUUUCUAAAUACUUUCAUUAGUCCCUGGCCUUAUCUUAUAGUUAGGAUAGCCUAAUGCCUAUCCCACACAUGCUUAAACUCCUUUACUGUGUUAACCUCUACCACUUCAGCUGGAAGGCUAUUCCAUGCAUCCAUUACCCUCUCAGUAAAGUAAUACUUCCUGAUAUUAUUUUUGAACCUUUGCCCCUCUAAUGUGAGACUAUGUCCUCUUGUUGUGGUAGUUUUUCUUAUUUUAAAUAGUGUUUCCUCCUUUACUGUGUUGAUUUCCUUUUAUGUAUUUAAAUGUUUCUAUCAUAUCCCCCCAUCUCGUCUAUCCUCCAAGCUAUAUGUAUCAGCUACACCUCGUCGAUGAACAAUCUACGGGGUUACAAUCUCGUGCAGUGAGAUGCUGGCAUUUCGAUUCUGGACUGCCCUUACGGGUGGGAUUAGACUGAUCUGCAAUGCUAUAGGUUCUCUAUAAAAUGGCACAAGUAAACAAAAAUCCUUUUAAGAUCUGAAUGUGGACUAAUCGAAGGGCAAGAUAUUUUGCCUGUUCUCAGAGUUCUCAUAUUCUCUGUAUUUAUAGCAAUGUGCCUUAACAUUCAUAUGUGAGUUCUACAAUUAUGAAAUGAGCAAAAGUGUUCCACAUAUACUCUUUGUUCAGUUGCACAUAAUUUAUAGUGACAAUUUGCUGACUGAGGGUGGCAUAUGCCAAAAUUGCACAUUCCCCACAGUGGGGGCAGUAAAAGUAGGCAGAAAAAUGUAUGUUUUCUUUUGCAAAUUUUCUAAAUGUGCAAAAAAACAGGAAUACCAUUUAAAGAUAUUGUCUCCGUUUCUCUCUGGAGACUAGUGCAACUUUCGGUUCUGUUAUUGCUAAAUUAUUUGUAUCCAUCCUUUAUUAAUUAUGUAAUAAUCUGCAUUUUAAAAAAAAAUUAUAUUAUUUUACUUUCAGUCCCGCUGUUUGUCUUUGUGUAUCAGGACCAGGUCUCAUCAAUGCUCUUAGUGGCAUGGCUAACGCCAAUAUGAACUGUUGGUAAGCUUUUCCUUUUCAACUUUAUUGAAUCUUGCAGAGUUAUUGACUACAGUGAGUAUUCAAAGUGAAUUCAAACUAGAUUUAAAAUGUGAAAAUAGCUGAACUGUGAGAAUUCUCUAAGUCAUCCAUGCUUUCUGUUCAGAUACUCUGGCCUUAAAAUUAAAAUCCACUUUGAAUUCUCACUUUAUUGAAAAACUCUGUAGAAUUUUAAGUACAUGACAAUUUAAAUAUAAUGUUAUAUUUGUAUAUGCAUCAUAUUUUCACUUGUUGAAUUAUGCCUUGCCAAGAAUUGUAAGGAGACUCUUCCUUCUUUUUUUGAAACCUAUAAUUUUUUGUCCCCUGUUGCCAUAUUCCCAUUUUUAUUCGGCUGUUGAGAGCUCCAGGAGACCUAUUAUUUGUGUGAACUCUCAUAUGUGAAUGAGCACAACCAGUGGCUCAUUGAAGAUCCUAAAUAGUUUUUCUCACAAAUAGCCAAUUAGAUGUCACAGAGCACCUUUUGCCACAUUUUGCCUGAAAUCCGCAACUAGUUCUUACUUUGUCUUCCUUUUUUUUUUUUUAGUUAUCUUGGAAUUUAAGUGAGGUUCUGUUGCAGUAUAUAUCAGUUUUUCUUAACAAUACUCUUGAUUAAAAACUCUGAUGUAACAGUGCUGCUUUCAAAACAAGGUUAUUAUUUCUCAGAAGUGAUAGGAACCAUACAUGUAUAGGAUAUAUAGAGUUAUUCACUAAAGUGAAUUAAAGGCCAGAGUAGCUGAGCAUAAUGCAUAGCUGACUUUAAAAAUGUUUGGUUUUUCAGUUCGGCUAUUUUGAUUUUGAAUUCACUGUCAAUUCUCCUUUUAAUGAAUAACUUUGGUACAGUGUGUGUGUAUAUAUAUAUAUAUAUAUAUAUAUAUAUAUAUAUAUAUAUAUAUAUAUAUAUAUAUAUAUAUAUAUAUAUAUAUAUAUAUAUUACAGUUUUAUUACCAGAGCUGGAUUUGAAAGUCAGCAGCUGUAUACAGACUCCAGUCUACUAGCGGUGCCUACCUUGACUAUAAAUGUGCUGUUUUUUCCUUUUUUAGAUAUAUUUUUAAAUACUUUUUCAUUUUGAUGUCACCUGUCCCUGUUUCCAUUAUCUCACUAUAUCACUGAAUCAAAUUUCUAUUCAAAUCGUUGAGAACAAUUUAGAAUGAAAAUUGACCUCACAAUUACAAGUGGUAUAGAAAAAUACUAAUUGAGACAAGUUAUGUUACUUAGUUGUUGCUGUUUUUUAAAGUUACAAAAAUAAAUUAUGUUUUGGAAUACCUCCAUUCGAGGGAAGAUCAAAUGAACAGCAUGCCCAGUGUCUCUCUCUGAUAAUAUGCCAUCAUCAUCUCUGAGUGCCAGGGGAAGAAAUUUCUGUAUUUCAUGUUCUUGCCCCUCUGAAUUUCUGGGGGUGCGAGAGGUUAUACUUUGCUUCAGUAGUUAGGUAGGAGGGGGACUGAUGAUGGUUUUGGCAGUGCUACCUAUAAGCUCUGGCAGCAGUCAUUAAUGUCGUGGAAUAAAGCCUUUAUAAAACCCAGAUUGUUGCCUGGAAUGAGUCAGAAUUUGACACCAUUUAAAUAUUAUUCUUGUUUAUUGCCCCGUGCCAGCAGCCUCUGCAGUCUAGGUAAGCACCUUAAACAUAUAUUUUUUUUAUAAAGAUAUGCUCAUGCCUAAUGUGUUUUUCAAAACAUAAUUUUACACUCGCAUUGGAACAGUUUCAAUACAGUUUAUAUUAUUUAUUUGUCAUUGCCGAUUUUCCUGUUCUUUUUAUGUUCCACUUAUCCCAGUUGGGCAACAUAUGCAAAAAAAAUAUGUAUGUAGGAUUUUUGGAUUGCUUCUGAAAACCAGAAUUCCAUAAAGCACUUUAAGGUGUUUGAUGUUUUUGGCUAGUAUUGACUAAUAUCCUUCAGAAAUGCAAGGCUGGCAAUCUUAGUAGAGACUAAUGCAAAACAAUAUGAUUAUAAAAGUUGUCAUUGGCUUUUUUAUUUUCAGUGGUUACUCUUUUCUUAUUUUGUAAAUUAUAUUUUUAAUGUUUGCGCGUUCUCUCUCUCGAUUGGGAGGAAAUGUAGAAAGUCAUGUUCUUGUUUCUUUUUCUAGGCCAUUAAUUGUGUUGGCGGGAUCGUCUGACGCCAAUCAGGAAACAAUGGGAGCCUUUCAAGAAUUUCCCCAGGUACAUGCUGUUUUCCACAUGCAACUUAAAACUCUGUUUUACCACAUAGUGACAAAUGAAUGAAACAUAACUUGGCAAAGAAUUAGAUAAACUAAAGAAUCAAGAUAGAGCCGCAGUAACAGUUACACUUAAAUGUAAGUGGUGCGGACACUGUCAGGAACUAGCUAACCCUAACUUUAAGAAAACUGGUCAUAACAGGACCGAUGCAUACUACUAGGCCUUAGAAAAAUUGGGCUUAAUGUGGGUACUCCCUGGGCUUUAGACAGGCUAGAAUAGUUUAAGCAGAGGUGAAGGCAUUUUCAGAAAUGUCACAAUCUCAUAAACAGAGCCAAGUCUAGGAUGUCUCAGAACAGGAACUUUUAUCAAAGUAAGUAUGUGCUAUUGGAGACAUCUGUGGUGGGCAGAGGAGUUUAAAAAUCAAACCCAAGGUGCGAAAUGUGAUGAAACUGAACUGACGCAUCACUCUCUGAGUAGCACCGGGCUCAACACCAAUAAUUUGAGCUGUGGCAGAGCGUCAAGCAUCACUAAUGUUGCAGAGAUACACAAAUGGCAUUGUAACGAACCCUGAUGUGGUAGCUAUGGGUUUGUCUGUUUCCACCUGAACUGCUUGGAGCAAGAGUGAUUAUAGCUCGCAGUUUGGGUUUCCAUUCAUUUCCUUCUCCAGAGCAGAUGCAGCUUACUCAGCAACUUCUCCCAAUGUAGUGAAUAGGUACCCAAACAUCAGCCGAAACAUGAUGAAGGGUGUAACAAGACUGAUUUAUUGGUGCCACACUGGCUUUUAUACAAUAACCCAUGCAAGGGGCAAUCCCCCGUGGACCUUGUGGGGGACAGGAACACAAAACGUACAGCCAAUAAUAAUGCAGUGACAAACUGUGACACUCCCAAUACAAACAAGUAAUUCCCUCCUCUCUACCUGGAGAUAAUGGAGUUAGAAAAAAAGUAAAAAAUUAAUUAUCUCGAGUCAGACAAAACAUUAUUUCCCCAAAACUUAGAAAGUACCCUAAAACAUACAGGAUCCCCAUAAAGGUCAUAUCCCCUGAUAGCCCUGAUCUGGGUUACCAACAUAUCCAAAAAUCACCAAGAUCAGUUCAGGGGUUUUCAAAUUGUAUGGAAGUUCCAUUUGACCGACCGUACAUGAGGGUCCUGCCCAGAAACCGUUCCAUGAGUUUAGGCUGUGCGGUCGGUCUAUUUCGACAAGUCACAAAAAACAAAAUAAUGCACGAACGCAAUCCUCUGGUUCAUAGUAGCGAUUGUUCCCCUGAUUCGUGGGACCCAAACUACUGAACCGCUGUUCGGGAAAAGGAAGCAGGCGUUCGUCUAAAUUGACCAGUGUUCGGGAAGUCGAGUGUCCAAUUUUUGUUCCAGAUACUCGACGACCAAGUCCCGCUUCCUCCUUUUGUGCAAACAAGAUGGCCGCUGUAUUCGCUCGCAUGUGGCAUUCGGCUAUCCAAACGGCGGCCACACAGGGAGAGAGCUUAAUUGGUGAUUUCCUUUGGUGAGAAUGAGCCAGGGGGUGGUCGGGGGUUCGGUAGUUUUAAAACUACCGAACGAAUAAACGAACACUGGGGAAAUAGGUGAAAGAUUGUUGGAACCAAAGUUAGGAAAUUCUGGUUUUCUGACAGGCAUCAAAGAGGCUCAAUUUGAGUCUGCGAAAAUGAUACACCUAAAGGAUGUGGAAUUUGUAUAGCAUGACACCCACAACAUGCAGUCGUGGGCAUCAAGCCUGGUGUCCUGCCCAUACUAAAGGCAAAGGGUAGGGCUGCUACUGGAGACAGGGGGGGUUAUUGCUGGGACAGGGACUUGCAUCUCUGAUCCCGGUCUGAAUUCCACUAAUAAGUCAGACCACAGCAGCUGGAAUUCCCAGCCAAUACCUAGUUUAGCUGCUAUUACCUUUUUGUGGUUUUGUUGCUUAUGUGAUCUGUGCAGAAGCAUGUUUGGUUGCAAUAUAGAAUUCAACUGAUAUUGGAUUAUUUUUUUUAUUUAUUUUUUUCAAGGUUGAAACCUGUAGACUUUACAGUAAAUUUUCAGCCAGGCCAAGUAGCCUGGAGGCUAUUCCUAACAUAAUCGAAAAGGUAAUUUUCAUUUAAAUAUUUUUGGGGGGAAUUGAAUAACUGUACUGAUUUAGUAGGGUUUCUAUCCCAAAAAAUUGAAUUGCAAAGAGUUGAGGAUGGAGUUACAAAUGUUGGGUAAAUUAGCUGUGCUGGAAAUAGCAAACUUGUAAGUUUCCCUUCUCAUUUCUCCUCGACUGUGUGUGUAGCAAGUACAUUGCAUUGUGUUCUAACAGAAAAUCUUAAAGAGUGUGGUUAGGGCUGCAUAAACAAAGUAACUUCUAAAUGGCAGAUAAUUGAGUUAGACAGCAGUGGCAAAACCGCUUCAUUAAGUUAAAGUUGUUUUGAUGCUCACAAUGACCAUUUAAUUGACACACAUUUGCCACUCCAAGCUGUAAAUUCAUUUUAAGUAACUGUUUUUUCUCUCUUCCUUAGCCCCAAAUCAUCAGCCAUACCUGCAAGGUCUUUUAAUUUUACUCCGCUCUAGCCAUCCGCCCACCCUGGUUCCCUCCAACUAUAUAGGAUGCUCUUUCGAACCACAGCCAAUCACCUCCUUAUUCCCUGCACAUGCUAUCAGCUGCUGCAGUUAUCCUAUCAAUUCUCUCUCUGCCAUCACAUACAAAUUCCUCUACCUCUUGUCUGAUCUCCCCAGUAUAACCUUUAGAUUUUACGCUUACGGGCAGGGGCCUCUCUACCUAUUGUGUGGUCUUUCAGAAAUGUACAGCGCUGCAGAAUUCCAGUAAUAAACAAAAAAACAAACAAAAAAAAUAUUUAUGUAUGUGUGUGUGUGUGUGUGUGUUUGCACUCCAUGAAACACUACCAAUAUCUAUAUUGUAAUAUGAAGUCUGGCUGACUUUUCUUUUUCAUGACUAGGGGAAGAGGAAGACAUAAACCUAAAGUGUAGGUAAACUAGAGUACAAGCUUUGGGGGAUAAAAUGUUAAAAGCAAUUGGUCAGAGAGAAAGAAGUGGGUCUGGGGACAGUUUUGGAACCUAUCAGAGAAAGUAAACGUGGUUAGAGAGAAUGCAUGGCAUAACAUAAUAGCACAAUGUUGGAUCAUAUUUUUUAAAAUAUAUCCGUGUCUUACAGGAUUAUUCACUAGAGAAAAUUCAAAGUGAAUUUCAAAUUUAAGGCCAAUAUAGCUGAAUUGGAAAAGUCUCUAAUUCAAGUGUUAAAGGCCCACUAUAGUGCCAGGAAAACAUACUCGUUUUCCUGGCACUAUAGUGCCCUGAGGCUGCCCCCUCCCGCCCAGCUCUGGGGUGAGGAAAGGGGUAAAAACUUACCUUUUUCCAGCGCUGGGCGGGGAGCUCUCCUCCUCCGAUCCUCCUCCUCUCCUCCCAUUCUGCUGAAUGCGCACCCGCGGCAAGAGCUACGCGCGCAUUCAGCCGGUCGCAUAGGAAAGCAUUUACAAUGCUUUCCUAUGGACGCUUGCGUGCUCUCACUGUGAUUUUCACAGUGAGAAUCACGCAAGCGCUUCUAGUGGCUGUCAAUGAGACAGCCGCUAGAGGAAUUGGAGGAAGGAUUAACCCAUUUGUAAACAUAGCAGUUUCUCUGAAACUGCUAUGUUUAUUAAAAAAUGGGUUAACCCUAGCUGGACCUGGCACCCAGACCACUUCAUUAAGCUGAAGUGGUCUGGGUGCCAAGAGUGGUCCUUUAACAUUCACUUUGAAUUCUCACUUUAGUAAAUAAUAUUGUUGUCUGUUCUUCCACUUCAUUAUUUGGAUCUUGAUUGUUCUAGCUUUUUGUUUUUUAUAUAAAUAAUUUGUGCAUUAUUUCUUCUCCCCAGGCUGUGCGAACCAGUAUAUAUGGCCGCCCUGGUGCUUGUUAUGUUGAUAUUCCUGGAGACUUUGUAAAUAAGAGCAUUAGUACGAGUAAUGUGAGGUUUGUUUACCUUGUGUAAUAAGGUUCUUGAUUUUGUAAACCGGUUAGAAUUUUGUAGUAGAAUGUUAAUUGUUUAUCUAUUCCAAGUUUUAUAUUCUUUUUAGAGCAGUUCUUUCUAUAAAAUAUAUACAUUGCUUUUAGCAAUAUUUUUCUCUUGCACUAUGUAUUAUAGAUCUGUAGUUUCACUUUAAAAUGCAACAAACACUUGUUACUGAAGUAACAAACUAACCAGAUACACGUGACCCAUAGCUUUUCAAGUAAUCCUGGCCAACCAAAGUUUGACAGCUAAUGUAAAGGUUAGUUUACAGGAGCCGGGUCAUACAACCCUUUUUAAAAAAAAUUAUUUUAUUUAUUUUUUGUCAAACUGCUAGAAAAUAGUUUCACACAAACUGGGGAGAUGACACCUAAGACUCAUGAUGAGCUGGAGUGGUUAUGGUGUUUAUGGUUAUGGUGAUAGUCUGAUCUCUGAAAAUCUGCUAUUUCUUAUACUAAAGAAUAGCAUUAUAACAUUAGGCAUGUCUGAUAGGGUUGCAUGUUACAUGUAAAAUAGAGGCCAAAACCGCUAUGUAAAAAUAUAGGUGCCAAUAAAAUACUAAUCAGAUUUAUAAUUGUAGACUUUAUGUAGUACUUUUCCCUGAUUGAUGUCAUUUUCUGAAUAAUUGAGGCUUUGAGAGAUUGUAAAUAUCUGCAUCAACUAUUAGCCUACUGUUGGCACUACAUGACUAAUGACUCCUCCUAUUCUCAAUAAGUAAUACAACACCAUGUUAAGUGGGUAAGGGUAACUGCCAAAGCGCUUUUUUUUUUUUAAAACCAGCAUAACAAAAUACUGUCAGCUGCUCUUUUUACUCAGCAGACAGGUACACUUUAAACUUCUUCCAGAGCCUCUUCAGCCUGUCCUUCAUCAUCAACCAAAUGCAGGCUGUGACUCCCCAAGCCAGUCCGGGCUUUAUUCAUUUACCAAACUUGCUGGCGCAGGACGGCCACCGCAGACCCCACCCCACAAAGCCAGCGCCUGUGUAAUUAUUCAAUGUAACCCCAUAUUAAAUGUAUCCAAACCGACAGGAGUAAGAUGUACCAAAUCAGUACGCAUAGAAUUCUGGGUAUCUCCUUCUAGUUCAACAUGAGGCAUCACCAAUCCACCCAAGCAUUGCACGAAUCAUGAUAUUGUCAUGUUGAAGCGACAUGUACCUCGCUAUACCCCUUUUUUUUGUUGCGCGCUCUUGACCCAGGUAAUUACCACCAGCGUGGAUCAGCAGCAUAACUGGUUCUGUCACAUACCGCCGAAACAAUCAGAUUGCCAGCACCACCCCCUGAUCCCAUACCACCUAACCUUGAUGCGGAAUGAAUGAGUUGAAUAACCACUAUCAUCCAUUCCUAAUGAGCGCAACACCAACAUAGACACUCUAGUGAAUGGAUAAGAACCGACCCAUCUGCAUGCACUCGAAUAUCCAUAUAAUGGUUGCUCCAAUCCUACUCACUCUACCACUAUUCGUUUGAUCAGUAUUAGAUCGCCAAAUUAGAAAUUCCAUAUCCACAUCCUUCCUAAAAAAGGGGUGACUGAGCUCUAGAACUCCACCAAUCUGCCGCACCACAGAGUUGCAUAAAAACACACUGAAAAGGCCUCCUGAAACAGGAUUGCUGCAAAUGGGGAAACGUAAAUAGCAUGCAGGAUCCCACCUAUGUCUACCAGCAAGUGCACAAUACAGUGCAAUACCCGUUGAACCACAAAUGCUUUAGUCACCUCUUCCCCUCACAUGAAGUGCAUCAAAAUUUGAAAGAGCUGACCUACCCUGUUCCACUGACACGGAUAUCCCACGAUGCCGCAAGUCAGAAAGAAAGGAUAAAGUGGAUAACAAGCUACUUUCUGAAGAACCAAAUUCUCCUACCACACAAAUCUAUUGAUCCCAAACUGUCAGGUAUGCUGCCCAAGAUGUAGGAGCCAGGGACCUAUCAAUCAAGUCAGUCAAGUUCUGAAACUGAGGUUACAGAAGCAUUUGGGGCCCUCCACAAGCCUCUGUAGUCACAAAACUCCAAACUCCCAAAAGGCGAGUAAAGUUAAAAGGUAGAUGAAUACCAACCUCAGUAACUGAAAGCAUGCUACAUGGGCAUGACUUGCAGACAAUUCAAAUGGCCCAGUAGGGAUUACAGAAUUCAAAUAGCCCAAUAGGGAGCCCCUCGAACCUGAUCCACUAGAGAUGACAACCAAAAGCUUGGUCUCCAGCAAGUGAAACACUUUAUUAGCCAACUGUAUGUAAAUCCCCAGGAAGAAAUAAUCGUAGAGCCCUCUGUUUUCUCCUCAGCGCCUGGAACACCAAAAUCUGCCAUAACCCUGUGAAAGUGGAACAACAAGUUUGUUAAAACCUACUCUCAAAACCACCCAUUCCAAAAAAGGAACUGGAUAACUAUAAUAAUAUAAAUAUAAUAAUAGAAAAAACAUGAAGGUACAUGUCAUAAAAACAAAUUCCUAUUAAACUGACAGCCCAAUAAAUUAAAAUAAUCCAAAUGACCUGGCAAGAAACCAAAUGCAAAUUGAAUUUUAGAUUUUGCCAACAGGGCCCGAUCAAGACUCCUAUCGUACUCGACAAACCUUUUUAGCAAUGCCAUCAUUCACUGACGAUCCGUAUGCUUGGUUAAUUUUUUAUUUUUAAACAAAGCCCAAAGGGGACACCCGCAAAUUGUCAGUGACCCAGCCUAAACUUCUUCUUUUCAAGUUUCUCUGACAAGAUAUUCUCCUUGCCUUGAACCAAAAACAAUUCGGUGCAAACGUUGCCUCCUGCGACACAUCCAACAGAAUAUGGAAACCAUCCGUAAAAACACCAUUCCAUAAAAUUAAAGCAUCCCUACACUUGGGUUACUGAACGAGCCAUGUGAGCAGCCUAACGUCGUUCUUGGGAGGGACUUAUCCAGUUUGAAACCGUGCACUGUCAUAUUUGCUCCCCUACAUUGGGAACACUUUGUGAUUAAAACAACAGCUGCUAUACCACCUACAGUGGCUCUCAUUAAAGAGCCAACAGAUGCCAUUCUUGUGACCUGCUGACACUCUUGCAGGAGCGUUGGUGGAAAAUGGGUGGGCUACACAGAGACAUAAGUAGCAACCAAAGGUUACAGUGCUGAUCGCCAAAUUUGUCUGUUUCUUUGCUUACCUUUGUCCCCCCUCCCCGACUUCCCUUUUGCCGUGGUCUGUCCACUGACUCACCCUUAAUAAUUUAUUAAAGCCAGCAUAGCAACAUUACAUACUGGACCCAGAGAGUGGGUACUACUUAACUCUACUGGUCCUGAAUCCAUAACUCCCGAAAGGGACGCCUCAGGACAGGGAGGGUACCCGCCCAUGGACCCAGCAGCCCUGAAUCCUGCGCAGGGGUGAAGUGCUGUAACACUACCCUGAGCAACUGCACUACUUCCCUGUGAUACCCACUACCCCCCACUGACUCGGUCUGCGCAGCACAAGCGCAAGCAUACUCAUGAUCCUGAAGCAGGGGAACCAGUCUCUCCAUCCUCUGUAAACCGAAUGCCAGGAAAACUGCACUUCGCUCUCCGAAUUCCUCCUGCGAAUUGCCUCAGAAACCAGCGACUGAAUAACAUUCUAAUCCCAAAUGACAUCCGAAUUCAAUUACCAACUUGCCUCUGAAUGCAAUUUGCAAACUUCUCCCGAAUUUGAUCUGGCACCACCAAAUGAAGUAGGGGCCUGUGAUGUCCGUGCAGCGGUGCAUAUGGACAUCAGCUACGCGCCCCUGGGGGAGGUUCGAGCAUCAGUCCAUCUCCCUGGCAUGUGGCCGCAUGCUCUGAAGUGACAUCUUGCUCAGCCAGAAGAGAAGGGCUAGGGCUCAGGAACCUUACCCGGAAUCCGGCGCCAUCUUGGGAAUGCGACCCAGAUCUAGAAAUUUGACACCUGGCACUCUACAGGACCUUCUCCUCACCGCAAUCCCCAGGAUUUUAGUCCCCAAACCAGCCUCGCUCAGUUCAGGACUCCUGGGGGAUGCUGAAGCUGCUCUGGAUCGCUCAAUAAGACUUGGGCCGGGCCCGUCUGCUCACAGGUGAAGAAGCCACUUCUCUUUCCGAUCCACAAUGUUUUCCCGAGCCCUCCAUGAGACCUUCUUCUAUUAAGGAAGCAUAGGACUCUCACCAUGAGCCCUAUGGGAAAACUUGCAGCAGAGUGAGUAAUGCUUCCUUCGACAUCUCUGAAACACUUGCCAUUUUAUUUGGGAGGAAAACUCAAUUUCUCUAAAUGUAAUUUUUUUAGAGGGACCACCAGAGGAAAGAAACUGCCAGGCUCCCUCAGCAUUGUUUGCCAGUAGUCUGGAACUUUUUCUCAGAAUUCCCUGCUUCCAAAUGUAUCAAUUUGGUUGGUAUGCCGACCCUUCAGUGCAGCAGUCAUACUCCCCCCUCCCUCUUUGCUCUGGGGGUUGACCUGAUAUUUGUGAACUACAUUUAACAUGUCCGAGAAAGCGGGCCAGUGAGUUGUCCCUCUACUACUGUUCUGUACAAAGUCUGCCCUUUUGGCCAAUGGAGCAGCUGUCAAACGUACAUUAGACCAUUGAAUGUACUAUUAGGGCCUUGAUUUAAUGCUUUUGGAUACACUUUUCAAAUUAAUAUUAAGCUUUUAUAGGGAUUUUUCAACAAAUUCAAAUAUCCUAGUAUAUGUAAUAUCUUUAAAAAUAAAUAAAAUUAGAUUUUUUUCAAAAUAAUACAUUAUUUUAAAUGUUUUUCCCCAGAAAAUAUUACCUCCAGGACAAAUCUGACACGCUGGACCCCUAAAGCAAGUUAGCUUGUUGAAAUGCUUUAUCUGUGAAGUGUUUUAUUUUUAUUUUAUAUUUUACAAAAACCUUGUUAUAUACUCCUGGCUGUCAUUAAGACAACCGGUCCUGUUAUUUCCUGGUUGUCUAGCCUAGAGCACCUGCUUUGAAAAGAUCUCUCAUUGAGCUGCAUUUGGAAGUCUGUGAUUGGGCAGCCACAGAAAGUGUGGGCGGGGUUAUAAUGGGAGGGUUUGCAAUGUCUGCAGAUAAGAUAUCUGCAGGUCUUGCAAGCUGUUUUUAGAUAGAUAUACCCCCAAUGAAAAAAAUGCAUAAUAAAAUGCAUGCAUGUUUUCAUUUGGGGUAUACAAUAAAUGGUGGUUUUAUUUUAUUGUGGGCAGUGGAGUGUCCCUUUAGACAUGCAAUAUCUACAGAUGGGCUGCUAGCACCAUGAAAAGUGUUAACUACCAUCUCUCUGAUGUCUGACCUUCAGGUACCCUGAUUGCUGUUUACCAGCUCCCAUCAGUCUGGCUGAUACAUUUGAAGUGCACAAAGCGUUGCAGAUCUUAAAGAAUUCUCACCAACCCCUUGUAAUAAUAGGGAAAGGUAAGUUACCUACCACUUCACUUGGUGUGUUGCCAUGGCAGUGUUUGCAUGCAAGCUUUAUGCAUAGACCCAGUGAGAGCAUGACAUUCUGAAGUCUGGUGUAAUAAGGUUCACUGGUUUAAGGAAUCUUAUCUGUACAAACAAAAACAAAUCAUACAUUGAAACAUGUACAGAAGGAUUACAAUUUGUAAUUGAUUGUUCUAUAGGUGUGUGUUUUUGUUUUUUAAUUUUAUUUUUUUAAUUAUCUUUUCUGUUUAUUUUAAGGGGCUGCAUCUUCACGAGCAGAAAACAGCAUCCGAAGAUUUGUGGAAGACUGUGGACUUCCAUUUUUACCCACUCCUAUGGGUAAAGGAGUUGUACCCGACAACCAUCCAAACUGUGUAUCUGCAGCACGAUCCAGGUGAGCUUCAUUCAGCAUUUUUAUAACACGAACAAACUGAGAUUUUUGAUUUGUGGCAUUCAAUUAUGGUAAACACAUGUUGGCAGAAAAAAAAAAAAAAACAACAACUAGUAAUUCAAAAUUCCUUCCACCUGACUAUUAUCCCGACGCUAAAGAGCUGGUUGGAUUUGAGAAACCUGAAAUCGAUCUCUCCCCAUUGCUUUAUGUUGUUAGACUUUGACCAUGCAUAGAUUUUAGUUAAAGCGGCACUGUCAUGCCGAACUUACCUUUCCCUAAUUGCUUCCUCUUCUCUCCCUCUCUCAGGAUCUGUUCUUUUCUUCCUAACUGAUCUAGUUUUCUUUAAGACACAAGACAAAGUAUUUUUACUACGCUUGCCCAGCUAUGACCCAGGGGAUGAGCAAAGACCGCUCAGUUUCCUAUGGCGGUAGUAGCAAUAAAGAGUACAAUUCCCCAAGUAGUACUAAUCCAAAGAAGGUAUAGCUUUCCCCCACAGACAUUGGUCAAGACUGAAUGCUGGGAGUGAACUGUUUUAUUCAGGGCCACACAAGGCCUUUUAUGCAAAAGCCCCUACAUGGUGUUUCUAAUACAACAUUACAGGGUAAUCCUUCCCAUGAUACUCUGUGCCUGAGAGAUAAUUACAUGGGGGAAAAAAACAUAUAAUUAAAUUAUCUCUCAGGUACAGAAACAUCUAAAAAAAUUUGGACACCCCAAAAUAUACAUAAAACAACCAUGUACCUCGUCAAGUCUUAUAUCCCUGGAUAGCCUGGAUCUGAGCGCACAACGUAUCCGAAAAUCGCUCAGAUCCCACAAAUACAGCUGAAACACCACUGCGGUAAAGUCUUGACUGACCGCACACGAGGCUCCUGCCCAAAAUAGUUCUACAGAACCAGCGGCAGCAGUUGGUCAUACUUUCAAAUAGUGAACGUAUGCUUGAGCCGGUAUGCAGAUGGUGUUCACCUCAUUCGUGGGGAUGAUUACACUGAACAGUGUUCUUCCAGUAGGUAUAGAAACGAACGCAGGUGGGAAUGGAAGUUCAGCGGUGUUCGCAAGGUCAGGUGGGGGCCAGGGGGUGUCUCUCCCCCCCCCCCUUAUUGUUUAGUGCCCCCAGCCGGGCACCACUCAGGGGUCGGAGCCGUGGGGGAGGACAAUAGGUCCUUCCCCCCUUAGUUAUUAAGGGCCACCACUCACCGCUCAGGGGUGGGGGUUAUGGGGGGAGCGCAAUAGGUCCCCAUUUCAGUUUAAUAGCCCCUUCUAAAUGACAGGACGAUGAGGAAAAGUGAAAGGAGGCAUUGCGAGAUCAUGGAGGAAAGGUGAGAAUUGUGGGAAAAUUGCUUUGACCACCGGAAAUGAAGCACACUGUGUUCCUCCGCUGGUCAUGCGUAGGAAACCUCCAUAAGACAAAGUAGUCCCUACUUUGUCUUAUGUUUUAAAGAUAACUAGAGCAGACAGGAAGAAAUGAGGAAUAGAUCCUGACAGAGGAAGAGAAGAGGAAUCGAUUUAAAGAACGGUAAAUUCUGCAUGACCGUGCUGCUUUAAUAAUCUUAAUAUGUUAGAACCCACAACCGUCGCUCAUGGGUGGGGGACGGGCAGUAGGUGUGUGUGUGUGUGUGUGUCCCGUUAUUGUAUCUUAGGGUCGCCACCCAUGUGUGGGGCUUCGGGGGGGGGGUACACUUUGGUCCCCCUCCCCCACCCAUUAUUUUUAUAGGAGCCACACUAAGGGGCACGUUAUCAGAGUAGUGGAGGGGGUCUUUUUUACAACUGGCUGCUCACAGUUUAGUAGACAUGCCCCUACUCGCGGUAUAGCAAGCAGGGGCAGAUUAAUUCCGAAUACAGUGGAACCUCGGAACUUGAACGUGCCCGUUGUCGAACUUUUUGUGUAAAAAAAAUGUCUCGGCACGUGAACAAUCCUCAGUACCCGAACACAUCAUGCGGCAUUCACAGAGGGACUCCAGUGUGGGGAAGCAUGGGAUACAGGUGUAAGAUGAGGAAAUAUGGGCAGAUGGACUAUGUAAAGGGAGAGAGGGGAAUAUAGGGCGAGGAAAACCGGAGGGCAGAGGGACACAAGUGAAGGGAUAUGGACAGAAUUAUUAUGCAAGGAGAAAGAGAGGAAAAUAUGAGGAGAAGGAUACCAGAGGACAAAGGGACACGAGUAAGGGAAGAGGGACUAUGGACAUAAGGAUACAAGCAGAGGAAAGAGUGGUAUUAGAUAUUUUGAACCUGAAACAGCCAUUUUAUCUGCUUUUGUAUGGAAUGCCAGAAGAACAGUUAUCUAUCCCCAUCCAUGUAAUUUUGGGGGUUUGGAACAGAUGAAACAAAUUUACAUUAAUUCCUAUAGGAAAUGUUGAUUUGAUUUUCAAACAAAUCGGAACUUGAACAGCGUUCUGGGACAGAUUAAGUUUGAGUUCCGAGGUUCCACUGUACUAAGUAAUCUUUACUUAGUAUUAGUAACUUUGGCUGAAAGACCAAUUUAGGACUUUCAACCUUUUAGUAGAUAGCUCCCUAAUUCCGACGAUAUUAGGGAGCUAUUUACUAAUCUGCUUUUUAGUGUUAGCGUAGUGCUAUGUUAUUUUUUUUUUUAUAAAUCUUUAUUUUUCAUGUGGAAAGAUAACAUAUUCAGGAAGUUGGCCACAACAGCCUCGACACAUCGAUUAGAAUCAGUACAUAUCAAAUACAAGGCAUUGUUGUGUGCUAUUCACACACAUUUUAUAUUUACAAUAGGUCACAUUGUUACAGUGAGGUUUUAAAAUCUAAUAACUGUAGGGGUGGAAGACUUCUGUCUGCCUAAGACACCCUAAGGUCUGUGGAGUCGUAGGUGGUGGGGGGAAAGGCAUUUACUGCUAGGUCCAGUGGCUGGUCCCAAUUCUAGGUCGUGCGACUAUAGUUUAUGGGUGUUGGGUGAGUCUCUUGACCCUUUUGAGUUUGGGUAAGGAUGCGGAUUGCGGUAGUUACGGGGUCCCUCUAAUGGUGCCUGUCUAGGGCUAUGUCCGCUCCUCUUUUGCUUUUCCCUGGUUGUAGCUAUUGGUGGGUGCCCAUGUGUGUGGUGCUCAGGGUGUCUUUGUGGCCCUAGUGGUAACUACAAAUCGUGUCUAUGUAUAUACAUAGGUCGUUGUAGUGUGACCGGAUCAAGUUGUGCCCUUGGGGCAUCAGACCUCGCGAUGAGCCUGAUUCCAGUCAGGGUUACUUUGUCGCCUUUGAUGUCGUUUCCCAUUAACCCAAGGGGGGGGGGAUUGUUAUCGGAGCUAGUGUGCGCGGCUCUGGUGGGCCACUUUAGCACUGUUAUAGCCGUCAGAGUAUGAGAGAACUACAUUUAACUUAAAUGAACCGAUUUAUCAACUUAAAAUAUUUAAACUAGUGAAACUAAGGCCUAUGAGGCCGUCGGUGAGGCAGUUCGUUCAGGUUUUGGUUUUCGGUCCUCUGCUUAUUCCAGGAGUUGCGGAUGAAUCUGUGCUCGUUGUCCCUGGUCGUUGAGCUGGCUGUGUCAUAGAGGUCGCUGCGAGGUUCGAUAUUCCCAAUGCGGUCAUCAGUGCCGGGCCCUCUGCGUGGUCGGUAGCUCUGUAGUGCUUGUCAUCUUUAGUGACCCAGAGAGUUCCUGGUGUUGCCCAUCUAUAGGCUACUCCUGCGGCUUGGAGUUGUUUGGUGAUUGGUUGCAUACUUUUGCGCCACAUCAGUGUGGCCCUGCUCAAGUCCUGAAAGAAGGAGAGUUUGCUGUCUUCAAAGUCAAGACGUGUUUUCCCUUGCAUAGCCGCCAUUAGCCCCAGUUUGUCCAACAUUGAUUGGCAUCUCAAUAUUAUGUCCCUUGGGGCUGAGUUGGGUGCUUGUGGGGAUUUGGCUAUCCUGUAAACCCCGUCGAACUUGAAUGUUUUAGAUUGUCUAGUUGGCAGGAGUGUGGCCACAAGGCGUCUGAUGAAAUGUGGCAACUCUUCCAGCGGUAUUGAUUCAGGUACCCCUCGGAUUUUUAUGUUCUUUCGACGCCCCCUAUCAUCUAGGAGAGUAACUUGCCUGGACAUUGUUGCUUGUGCAGCUUGAAGGUGUCGCACCGUCUCUCCCAAUUCCUGGUAGUUCCCUCUUAGUCCCUUUACCUCCUCUUCUACCGCUUGAGUGCGCGUGGACACGGCGUGCACGUCUAGUUUAAGCACUGCCAGGUCCGCUUCCCACAUUUGUCUUAAGUUCUGUUGCAGGCCUGUCAGCAUAGCCUGUAUGUCUUGUUUGGAGGCCGGUGCGCUGGCUUCUGGCAUCCACGUGUGUGUGGGGUGUUGGGGAUUGAGGUGUGGGCUGUCUAGUGAUUCUUCCUCCUCUGAUGGUGCUGGGGAGGUUUCACGGGGGGUCUGUGCCUUUACUGCGCUUGGGGCCUGUAACAUUUGGCCUAUGUCGCGCUGCGGUUUUGGGGCGUUUUGGGGCAGUUUCUGCGUUCUGCGCCCCAUCUCACCUGAGCUGUGUGUGCUGGGGUACCAGUCCUCAAAUUCUGGAACACUCCAGGGCCAGUGUUCUCCCGUGCUGGGUUGAGGUUGCCUCCCUGCCCGGUAGGCCUUGCCGCCUCGGCGUCUAUUAUUCGAGCCGGGCGUCAGGAGAAACGGCAUCGGCGGUUGCAGCGAGGUUCCCUGCGGGCUGUGGCUGAUUAUGUGGCCGGGAUUAGUGCGGGAUGCCUCCGAUGUGGCUGGAUUGCCGUGCGGUAGCUCGGAGCUCCGGCAAUGUGCGUCCGCUCCGGUCCGGUGCUAGGCUCCGCCCCCGGGGGCAUUCAUUUUUAAUAUGUUUAUUCGACACAGCCAGCCAAAGUGGGGCUAUGCAAGCGAGGUCUUGUAAGAUUUCCUGUAUCAGAGGGACGAAAUUGAUUUCAUAUAGCUUAGUUAAGACUGGGGGAGUAGAACUCCAAGAUAUUUCAUAGCUGUGGGGGCCCAGAUAAAGGGAAAUUGUUCUUGAAUGGACAAUUUCACUGUAGGAGUGAUGUUGAGUGCUAGGAUUUCACUUUUUGUAAAAUUAACUUUGAAAUUAGAAAGCUUAUUGUACCAGGUCAUUUCUUGGAGGAGAUGUAGCAUGGUAUCUAGGGGGUUGAAAAACCAUGAACAGAUCAUGAGCGAAUGCUGCAACUUUGUGUUAGUGUCCAGCUUGUAGCCCUUGUUUACUUGAAUUGAAUCAUAUACCUUGGAGGAAUGGUUCCAUUAUCAGAACAAAUAAGAGAGAGGAAAAGGGGCACCCCUGCUUCGUGCCAUUGCCAAUGUUAAUUGGAUUUGAUAGCUGUCUAUUGAUUUUAAGCCAAAGAGAAGGUGUAGAAUAUAUCGCCCAAAGCCAAUUGGUCCAAAGCCCAUAGCUUGUAGUGUGCCAAAUAGCAGAGAGCAACCCUUCCUGUCAAAUGCAUUUUCAGCGUCGAUUGAGAGUAAAGGACUCUAUUUGAUGGAAAGUUUGGAGAUGUACAUGAGAUUCAGCAGUUUUGGCAUGUUUUUUUUCACCUCCCUCCCAGGCACGAAGCCUGCCUGAUCAGGGUGGACUAGGUUUUGCAUUUAGCGUAUGUGUGGAUGUUUUGAGCUGUGAUCCUAAAAGGGUCCGGUAACUAUAGAUGUUGCUUUUGAAUACUGAGGGUUUUGAACUCUUCUUUUUGCAGCUACAAGAGUUAUAUUACUUUUAUGACUGUAUUUCCUUUUAAAUUAACACUCUUUAAAAAGUUCCUGAUACUUGUUAGAUUUCCUUUUUCUGUUAUUGAUUUUUUUUUUCUAUUAAUAGAAUCACAAUAAACCUUGUCAGUAAUGCAAUAUUUCCUUUAGCCUGAUCCCUUUUUGAUGAAGUCAUCAAUACUAAUAUCUUUUGUCCAAUCAUAUGCUUCUCAAAGGAAGUGUAGUGAACACACAGCACAUGCACAAGAAUUCCCACACUCCGUGAAUCCGAUGCUUCUCUGUGGGAAGCAUUCCAUAUGCUCAGUGUCCGCAUGCUGGGAAUUAUGAUGCAAAAAAUUAAGUCCUUUGAAGGUCUUGAAGUGACUCACGUAGCUAGGUCUGACAGCCACUAUAUGCGUUUUCACACAAAUGUAAAUAUUGCUGUUUCUGAAAAAUAGCAAUGUUUUUUUACUUUAUCCAAGAAGAGGAGCAACACCUAUGUUUCAAAAUAGCUACAUUAAGGUGUAUUGUAGUGAUUUUGCUGCUUGGUGUUCUUUUCAUUUUGAUUCUAGAAAGUGAGAACCAUCAUUUAUAGAAAAGGCAGUUACUGUGUGGUGUGUGUGUAUAUAUAUAUGUGUGUGUAUAUGUGUAUAUAUAUAUAUAUAUAUAUAUAUAUUACCUCUCACCAGGUAAGAUUUUUGUUAAUAAAUGAGUUAAACAAAUAAAACUGUCAAAUGCAGGAAGGAGACUGGCAAGGCAGAUUUCAGCUUUUCACAGCUGUUGCCUGGAUACCGUCUUUAAGUUUUGUUAUAUAAUACUUAUUUCUUCUUAUGUUAGUGCUCUGAAGAAUGCUGAUGUUAUAUUACUGCUUGGUGCUCGGCUUAAUUGGAUUCUGCACUUUGGUCUCCCACCAAGGUUUCAAGAAAAUGUGAAUAUUAUACAGGUAAAAAAAAUGAAAUAUAAUACUAUAUGGUUAAUAAAAAGGUUAUGCAUGGCACUAAAAAUAUUUAUUGAAGGACACGCCAGACCUCUAAAGCACUUCAGCUCUGUGUGAAGGGUGACUUGUAUUUAUUUUUAUUUUUUUUACAAAAAGUGCAGAUUAAUAAAACUUGGCACUUUUAUAAAUUACCCUUGUUACACUCCCUGGCUGAUAAGUGAUCAGAUAAGUGUGGUCAUGUUACUUCAUGGUUUGGAUAGUUCAGUGGAGCUAAACUCAAGAUGCAGGUAAUUGCCCUGAGCACCUACCUCACAAAUCCUUCUCAUUGAGCUGCAUUCGGAAGUCUGUGAUUGGACAGCUACAUAAAGUCUGGGCUGGGUUAGAAGGGCUUUCAUAGGUUUCAGAGAAAAGAUCAGCAGCUCUUGCAAGCAAUAUACUCCCAAUGUAAAAAAUGCAUAAGUAAAAGCAUGGAUGUUUAAAUUUUUGGGUAUACCUACUAAACACUGAUUUGUAUCCUUUGUAUUUGGGCAGUGUAGUGUCCCUUUAAUAUUAAAUGCUGCAACCAAUCAAUGUUUUGUGCUGACAAUAAAUAAAAAUAAAAUGUUUAUAUGUCAACUGGUUCCUGAAGAGAUGUGGCUGCAUUUAACUAUAAAUCCGCUCAGGUACACCAAAUUAGUUUUUUAUACAGAUUCAGCGUUAUGAGAUACUUACAAGUGACAGUGUAACUUUUUAAAUAGGCCUCAGCAGAAAGGGACAUGGCAUACCAGCUGCUGUCUCAUCUGUAUUUGUCCCCUCCUCUUGUCUGUCUGUGUCACACAUCAACCGUUAAAUAUCUUAGUCUUCAUUAAUUCGCAAGUUGCUUUCAGUUAUAGCUCCGAAGUGACAAUGAUGAAUUAAUAUUUGGUCCUUUACAGGUGGAUAUUUGUGCAGAAGAGCUUGGUAAUAAUGUUAAACCUGCAGCCAGUCUCCUGGGGGACAUCGAUGCAGUGACUAAACAGGUAAGCAAUACUAGAUUUGGGCAUAAAGUAAUAAGUGAGAGCUAACAUAUGCACAAAUAAAACGAAAGAUUGAAAAAUGAUUAUUUAAUUUUCUCUGUGUCCUCUUCAACAAGUAUUUAUAAUCAAAAAAAUUCCUAAUGAAAUCCCAAUCCUAAUAUACAUUCCAGACAGGGCCGUCUUUCCGCAUGGUCUCGCUGGGCAGUUGCCCAUGUACCAGGGGGCCGACAGGGGAGAUGCUUUGAUAUUCCCUGCCAACCCACGGAGAGUCGGCCCUAUUAACUUGCUUUGGGUAAAGUUAAGACGGGGGGCUGGGGGAGCACAUAAAGCUUUUAUUUAAUGUUUUUUGGUUUUUUUAAUAAUAUACAUAUGCUCCCUUAACCCUCAUACACACACUCUGCACCACUCACACACAGAACCCCUUGCACACUCUACACCCCUCACACAAACACACACACUCUGCAUCCCUCACUAGCACAGCACCCCUCAUUGCACAUACACUGCACACCUCACAUACACACUCUGCACUUCUAACACACACAGCACCCAUAAUUAACACUGAGCACACACAUACACUGCACCCCUCAUUGCAGAGAGAGUGCUUGUGUGUCUGUCUCUCACAGUCAUUUGCUGGAGGUGCCAAUAAGCUUAGUUUUAUCGCUAAUUUACAUUUUUAUUCCUAUGCGUUGUUUUGUAAGCGGGGCCCCAGUGCACUGCUUUACCCGGGGCCUAUAAUGCUGUUAAGAUGUCACUGAUUCCAGAUUGGGUUGGUAGUGUCUGAAAAGCUGGGCUAAUGAAAUAAGUAAUGGCUUGCUGACAGAAAAUAAAACAACUGAAAAACAACUUUAAAAAUGUUUAAAACAGCAGUUUGCACGAAGUUACUGGCUAGGCUUCAUAAAUUAAAAAGAAAGGAGGAAUAGACUGAUAUAUGUCAGUUGCUUGUAGUAAAGUGAUUCAGACUAGCAAAUGGCUUGUCAAACACAAUAACAUCCUUGCCGACAUGGAGGCCAUUUUAAUUUUGCCACAACGACUGGCAAUGGUGUGGAAUAUAGGUUCAGUUUCUCAGGAACAGCAAAAGAUUCUUCCCUGGUGAAGGCGGGGAUAACCUUCACCAGUCCAAAGUGAAGGGGUGGAGACAGGGCACCAACGUUAGUUGUCAGAGGCACCCGCAGUUCCAGGCCAGGAGGCCGCAAACUGGAUUUCAUGCUGUAGGCUAAAAGGUGAGACUUGGUACAAGGGAGCCCCACUGUAGGCUGGACCGGGUAAGCAGUCACUUGAGUAUGGUCUAAAAAUAAAUAAGUCAGAGCCAGAAGACGUGUGGCUACAACUGCAUAAACAAAUGCGAUUUAAGUCCUAAAUGGCAUAGCAUUAAGCAGUGAGAAUUCAGGGGCAUGAUUUAUACCAGGGGUACCAGGUAUCUGUAAUAGAGUACCAGGGGUAGGAACCCUUUGACACACCAAAUGUUGUGGACUACAUCUCCCCUGAUGCUUUCCUAGCAUUUCGGAUGUAAGAGCAUAAUGGGAGACAUAGUCCAUAAUAUCUGGUGUGCCGAAGGUUGCCUACCCCUGAUCUAUCAACUAAAAUUGCUUCAUUAAGCCAAAGUUGUUUUGGUGUUUGGAGUGUCACUUUAAUAGUUAUUUAAUUAUGACUUAAAGAAGCACCAUAAGUAUAGGCUGUUGUAGUGGUUAUAAUGCUAGUAGGUUUUUGACAUCAUCCCCUGGUUCUAUUGUAAAAUGUUUUUUUUGUUUUUUGUUUUUUUUUAGUGGUUUAAUACAGACCGAGGAUACCACAUGUGACCAUAGCCUGGCCCCUAUUUCACUGUAUCACAAAUGUAAAACUUUUAUAUUAGUGCAUGAGGAAUAGUAAAUUCAUCAAUAUUUAAAUGCCAUGGAUUGUCUGCAGGCACCUGUGUGGACACUUCGAUUGUGUCAAAUUGCUGGAACCCAUUUGAAACACAACCCUGGGAUAGUACCAGAAGCCUGCUAGCACCAUAACCACUGUAACAGGCUGUAAUUACUAUAGUGCUAACAGUAGCCCUUUAGAAUUCUGCUUAUCUUUGCUACCUAGAUGAUCACUUGCGUUUAAAAAAAAUUAUGCUCCUUCAGCUUUUAGAACAUCAGCGCAGAACCACCUGGAAGUACCCAUCAGAUUCUACUUGGUGGAAGAACCUCAGGGCAAAAAUAAAGGCCAAUGAAGAAAAUACAAACGUGAGUCUUUUUUUCCUGGAAGGGAAGUUACCAUUUUUAUAAACGCCAUAUGUCAAAGAAAUAUAAAUGAUUAAAAUAUAUUACCAUACAAGCUGCUUAUUGUUACUACUAAUCUGAGAAGGGCAUAGUAAGCCUGAGUACAGGAGCACUGUUACAAUCCUUGAAUUAAUUAAUCCUUUCAGGCCAAGAGGUUAUGCAAAUAUGAUGGUCAUAUCAUGCCAUCUGUUAUGAAGGGGUUAAAAAUGCAAACAUAAAUGUUUCUUUUAUUGUGUAAAAUCUAACCCAUUGAAUGUUUAGGUGUAAAUACAGUAGUGAUAGCUUUGUGGAUGAUUUUUGCGAGCUAAUUCUGUCAUUAUUCUUCCAUUUUUAUCCCCUAUCUUUUCUCAAAUUGUCUUUCUGCAUUAUAUUAUAUUCUGUAUAUAUUUUUUUUUCUCCCCCAUAGUUUUUCUCACUCUGUAUUGUAAAUGUCUGUUUUUUUUCCAGAUCCUCUUCCCUUUUCCCAGAAUUAAUAAGCAGUGCCAGUAACGCUUGUUUGCUUUAUAUAAUUAAAUUAAAGCUCAUUUGAAAAACUGCUUCUAUACUGGUUGUUUCAUGCUUCAAAGGGCAUUUAAAGGAUCACGAUAGGGUCAGGAACACAAACAUGUAUUCCUCACCCUAUAGAGUUAAAACCACCAUCUGGGCCCCUCAUGCCUCCAUAAAUAUUGCAACAUCUUACUGUAUUCAAGCCAGAAGCUGUAACUCUGCAUGCUGUUUGCCUCAAAAAAACAAACAAAAAACAAGCAUCAGAAGUGGUAGCCUGCUUAAAAUCACAGUGCUUCCCCAUAGGAUUGGCUGAGACUGACAAAGAGGCAGACCAGGGGCAGAGCCAGCAUGAUUCAAACACAGCCCUGGCCAAUCAGCAUCUCCUCAUAGAGAUUAAUUGAAUCAGUGAAUCUCUAUGAGGAGAGUUCAGUGUCUGCAUGCAGAGGGAGGAGAUACUGAAUGUUUGGAUGCAUUUUAGGCAGCCAUGACCCAGAAAGGAUCUCUAACCGCUAUCUGAGGAGUGGCCAGUGAAGGUAUCGCUAGGCUGUAAUGUAAACACUGCAUUUUCUCUGAAUAAAUUCAAUAAGCCAUAGUUGUUCUGGUGACUAUAGUGUCCCUUUUUAUUAUUAUUAUUAUUAUUAUUGCCAUUUAUAUAGUGCCAACAGAUUCCGUAGCGCUUUACAAUAUUUAAGUGUAUAAUGGAGAAACAUAUAUUAUUUUAUUGUAAAUGUACUUUAUAUAUUGAAAACUUGUUUUGUUUUUUUGACCUAACUACACUUGUGUAUGUCAUCUGGUGGGGUUUUUUGUUUGUUACUUUUUAUUUAAAUUUUUUGCAAACCUUUUGGUGGUGCUUAUUAAUGUAUUGUGUCCAUAAAGAUAUGUAUAAACUAUGUAUCUGGUUCUAGGCUUUGGCAUUGCAAACCUCCCUUCCUAUGAAUUACUACACUGUGUUUCACCAUGUCAGAGAGGAGUUGCCUAGUAACUGCAUCAUUGUGAGUGAGGGAGCUAAUACGAUGGACAUUGGCCGGACCAUGCUCCAGAACUACCAACCACGACACAGGUAAACAGCAUUUUCAUGGCUGCUUUACGAACGUGCACAAAAUAGUACACAAUGAGUCAACAGUUAAUUAAAUUGGACCUUUCAUUGUUAUGUAAUAUGCAACUGUUUCCAAUAUACCCAAGAGUGCCAUGUCUAACAAGUACACAGAAGGGUCCAAUGAAGCUGUGGGGUUCUUGGUCGUGACAGUUAUAUUUUCCAGCUUUCAUAGAAAUGCAUAAUAGUGCUCUUUGGAAGUGUGGAUACAUGUUUCGUCCAUAUUGUUUAAGAAGAUUAAAUAGCCAGUAAUUUUAGCUAUCAAUGAUUGGUGGAUGAUGUCACUUGGAAGGCUUACCGGCAGUUAGCUCACUACGCACCUUCCACCAUUGUAAGUACCCAAACUAUUCUAGAAUGGUUUGAUUUCUUCAUUUUGGGGCCCCCUGGGCACCAUUCUUUUAAAUAAAAUAAAUAAAAAAAUCUACCUUUUUAUUAAGUGUAAGGUCACAGGUCGACUUUAGAGUGACACUGUCAUUUAUGUGAUCUUUGCAUUUUUUUACAUAGACCCUCCACGGUGACAUGUCUGCUAACACUGGGAACCUGUGAAAAUGGGGGAAGGAUUAUUUGUAAUGCUCUUGAAGGGGAAAGAUGCUUGACCUUCUCUCUCUGCAGUGGCACCAUAAUCCACUUGAGCUCUGCUAACCGUUCUGGUAGCUUCAUCUGCAGGGAGCCCACGUUUAUGAUAAUACAAAACAAUGGUUUAUGGAACAUGCAUGGGGGUCUCUAUAGAUGAUUGUGACCAGGUGCCGUGAAAUACCAUAGGAAUCUAUUGGGCAUCACAUAAGAAGAUGCCUGUUGCCGUUAGUUGUUGCUUACGGUUGCAAGAUGUGAAAGCAGAAGCUACCGAUCCUCAAUCCUUUGCCAUAUUUUGGCAAAAUGUUUUAAGUCCAUGUCGGUCAGUGAGUAAAUGUAACUUACAGGUGAAAAUCCAGUUAAGUAUGUAUACUCCCCUUGAGGUAUAUUUCUGCUGUAUUUGUUUUUUUCACUUGUUUCUGUACAAAUCACCACACACCGUGUCAUCUGCUUUUAGCUCUGUCCACUCCAGAAAGUAGCGUGUCCACUCAGAGCCUUUCUUUAUGUUCUAAGGUUUCUGAAUGUUUGCACAUGCGUAAUCCAAUGCAAGGAUUAAAAGUUAGUUGGGCACUUGCUUUUUUUUUUUUUUUUUUGCAGUACAGAUGUACAAAUGGAUCAGUCACUAUCGGACACAGAUCAAUCACGCCUGUAUGUCUGCACUGUAUGUAGUGAAUACAGACUGCUUAGCAAGUUUCAAAGUUCUCUGUAAACUGCCCCACUCUUGGGGGGGAGGUUCUGUGACUUCUCUGUAACUAGAUCAGUUACCAGCUUUCUACUAAUAUUAGUUAUUAGAUUAAUUAAACCCAUAAUUCUUUGCUGUGCUUCCGGUUGACAGCUGUGUUAUUUGACAUUGCAUGUUUGCAGGGAAGUACAGAAAAUCUGAUGUUUUCGUCUUACAUACAGGUUAGGGACCAGCAAAAAAUAAGUAUUUUAGAAUGGGGAAGGUGACAGAGGGAGCAGUGUUAAAAUACAGAUUGCUGUAAAAUAUUUUUUUCUGUAAACAUAGUUCAUAAGGCAAGCCAAAAGCUUGGAAUCUUCUUAAUUUAAAGUUCUAGACUUAACCCUUUAUUUUUUUUCUGUGUUCAAUUUGUUUCAGCAUUUAAAUAAUUGCAUGUAAAUGUGUGUAUUACACCAUAAAAUACAUCCUCAUUACAAACUCAUUGUUUUGUAACAGAUUGGAUGCUGGCACAUUUGGCACAAUGGGAGUUGGCCUGGGGUUUGCCAUAGCAGCAGCAAUGGUGACAAAAGAACAGAGCCCUGAACAACGAGUGAUAUGCGUGGAGGGAGACAGCGCCUUUGGUUUUUCUGGUAUGGAAGUUGAAACAAUGUGCCGGUAAGAUUUCUUGUAAAGUUAUUAUAUAUAUUUUUUUUUUUGUAGUGUCUAAGGAUAUGCAUCAUGUAGAAAAGAAAGUGAUCUGUGGGAAAUUUGUUUGAAAUAAAACUCCCAAGGCUAUUUGCUUUGUAUGAACUACCCAGUCACUUAUAAAGUAAAAGUAAAUCUAUCACUUGAAAUACGAAACCUAUUAAUGGAAUACAUAUUUGUAUUCCCAACGCUAUAGAGCCUAUGUCACCUUUUAGGUGACUAGAGCCCCGUUCUGUAGUAAAUAAAUGGCUAACCAUUUAUUUGCUUACCUUAAUCCAGCGCCAGGCUCCCUCAGCUCUGGUGACCUCUCCUCCAUCUACGUCAGCUCCUGAGUGGAGCCGCAUGCGCGCACAUUUAAAUCCACCCAUAGGAAAGGAUUACUCAAUGCUUUCCUAUGGAGAUCUUUUUUGAUGCUGGACUCCGUGAGGAUGUCCAGCGUCAAAUAAGUGCGAUUUACUCCGUAUAAAUCGUGGAAGUGGCCUCUAGUGGCUGUCAGGGAGGCAGCCACUAUAGGCUGGAUUAACCCUGCAGUGUAAACAUAGCAGUUUCUCUGAAACUAUUUUCAGCUGCAGGGUUAAAACUAGGGGGACCUGGUACCCAGACCACUUCAUUGAGUUGAAGAGGUCUGUGUGCCUAUAGUGGUCUUUUAACUAUGGAAAAUAUUUUCAGAACAAUCUUACUGGUUCCAGUUAUUACAUGUAUAUUGAGUGUGAUUUAAAUGUACUCUUCCACGUAUUCUGAUGAAUAUAAAAUGUUAUAGCAUUACUAAUCUAUAGAGGACAUUGUCCCUAUUACUUUCAUGCCAAUGUCCUUGAUUUGUGUAUCAAAUGUUUAAAUAUUAGACUUGUAAUCCUGAUGGUAGUCUGUACUUUAACAAAUCAUUUUUUAAAAUGUUAUUUAUUUCUUUAUUCUCUCUAGAUACAACCUGCCCAUCAUUAUCAUAGUUAUAAAUAACAAUGGGAUAUACAGUGGAUUUGAUGAGGAUACUUGGGCUGAAAUGUUAAAGUCUGGUGAUCCGGAGUCUAUGUGAGUAUACACCUGCAUGGUGGACAAACCUUGCCUCUGGUAAGGAUGACUAGGAUAUAUAUAUCAUAAAUUCCCAAAGUGUAUGGGUUAGGAAUACAUUCAAGUGUCCUUCCCAAGUAGAGGUAUAUCAAGUUCCAUCCUCAGGCUUUUCCUUCAGUUUCUUCCCAAGAAAACUCAACUUCCCAAAUCAGUGAUAUACGUUUACUAAGUCCACUACUCAUUGCAAUGAACAUGUUGGUGUUCCACCCAUCAACCCAGUGUUAUUCUUGUUGUACUUCCACAGGCUUUGAAUGAUCUGAUACAUUUCUUUGGGUAUCCAACAGCCUAAUGUAACCAUAAGAGAUAUGCAGUGUCCUUAACACUUUCCUAAUUUUUUUUAAUACAGUUUAUUAAAUCUGUCACAUUUGUUCCAGCUGUUGCUUUUUCGUGCCCUAACUUUGGUAUUUGAAUGUACAUAAUUUUAAUCGACACCGCGGAUUUAUGAAUAUUUGCACGGUUUUCUGAACUGAUAUUUCUAAGAAAACGAAUGGAAUUUGCUAUUCUGAAAACCAUCACUUACGCAAAUAUGUUCAAAAUAAUGAUGAAAUUGAACCUUCCUGUGUGAUGGCCUUUUACCGGAACCACCAGUCCCGGCUAUGGGUGUGAGAUCGCAUCCAUGUGUGUUAUCAAUAUACAUGUUAUUCCCAGAGUUAGACCUGGUAGAUUUCCAUCUCCGUAUAAAGCUUCAGGUGUCCUGCACUGAGAACAAUAAUCCCAGUUUCCUUUAUAUCCUUUAAUGAUUUUUUAUUUUUUUUGUAUCCGGAUGAUCUGUGUGUGACUCCCAAUUGUCCAAUUCCUUCACAUCAUCAUACAACUGAUAGAAGUCUGCCCUACUGCUAGCUUGAAUGAGGCCAUAGACUUAGCUGAAAGGAUCCAUAGCCUUGCCACAGUCUUAUUAUACCAUAGUACUAAGCCUGAGUGUUGCAUCUUCAGUCAGUCCCUUCGGUAACUAGCACUGCACAGUAGCAGGCAUUCUGAGAAGCUUCUUGGUGUCUUAAUUCACUGGCCCGCUGAAUUUCGCACAGGUUAGGCAUAUUUGGUUUGAGGAUUUUUUUUAUGGUUUUCACAAGACUUAGUACUCCUUUGCCAAGACAUAAGCCUUUGAUGCUUGACUCAUUUUCCAGGCAUCCUGUAGUUUGUUCUGUUUGUCUGGCUCAUCUGUCAAGAAUUUGGUUAAAUUGGGUCUCUAAAUUUUUGUACUUUCUGCCACAGAAUUCAUAAUUUCAUAAGGGACAAACCAGACACCGCUACGAAUUGGGAACAAUAUUUUAGGCAUUCAUAGGUUUAUUCUGUUUGCUAUUUCCAGUGCACCUCCUCUUUCUCUUAAACCGAAUGCCCACUACGAGCAGGUAAUGACUGCGUUUGGUGGGAAAGGAUACUUUGUUCGUACUCCUGACGAGCUACAACUUGCGCUAAAACAAAGUCUAGCCGAAAAGAGGGUGCCAUCGCUUAUCAAUGUCAUGAUUGAUCCGCAGUCAGACAGAAAGAAACAGGUAACUUUUUACUAUUUUGGGAUGACUUACAAUUUGAUACAAUAUUUCUUCAUAUUUCUAAGAAGAAAAAGGGGAGAUUAUGUGUGUAAGAAGCAGUGCAGACAUUAGCAACCUAAGCAUGCGGCUUGUCCAGUCCCAGUUUAAUCUAAAACGGUGCUCUGAUUACGUCUGCACAAUGUAUAUAAGACUCCACGGCCAUCCCAUACACACAAAAUGUUAAACAGAAAAGUUUGAAACAAGACUGUAGUUAUCUAAAUUCAUGGCUACCAAACGCUGGGCUCUUCUUCCACCACACUGCUCCCAAGCUCAGUGCUAGGAAUAAUGUAUCCAAAACAAUCCAUGCUUUAGCAGAAGUACGAGCACAUUGAAGGACCAAACUUCAAAUGGGACAAUGCUGUUCCAUUUCUUUAAAUUGCAGCUUUUAUGGGAACAUUUAAAGUAAAUGUUCCACAUUCCAAGGAGGGGGCAUAACAAAAGCAAAUUAAAAUAAACAGGAAUAUAAACAUCUAAUUGCAGACAUGCAUUCUUCAUAGGUACAACCAACUCAAACACUAAACACACAAGCAGGGCUGUCUUAACGCAUGGACACACUUGGCAGUUGCUCGGAGGCCCCACAAGCACAGGAGCCCCACUGGCUUGCCAACUUUUCAGUAUAUUAUUCCGGGAGAUUUAUUUAGAACCUUUAAACCGUCUUUAUUAAAACUUCUAGGUGGACUUAUCACCUCAAUAUCAGCUGUUAUCUAUACAUGCUAUCUUGCUGUAGUGGGAAAGUAAUACACACAUACUAAUUAUACAUAAAGACAAAAUCAACCCACAACAUUUUUUGAAGCUGUAAAGCUAUAAUAAUUUUUAAAAAUCCAUAUCAGUUGCUUCCACCUGCCACUUUAAAAACUUGGUUUAACUCUCUGGCAAUCUUUUGCCAUAAAUAUAUGGUAGUGUUAUCUUCCUUGUGUAAAUUCCAGUAUUCAUUUACUUGUUCUGAUGUAUUUUUUUCUUUCAGGAGUUCCACUGGCUGACCCGUUCCAAUUUAUGAUUGACAAAGUCAUAUCUGCAGGCCCAGAAGAUUGUAUUUUAGAUUUGAAAUUAUCCAAACCCUCCAUAAUUAAUAUAAAAUGUUGAAGCUUUCCUGCUUUUGUUUUCCAAACACCAGACUUGCCUUCUUCUGAGUACAAUGUUAAUAAUAAUAAUAAUAAUAAUAAUGGAAAAUAUGUCUAACAAUUAAUUUCAAAUGUUGUUCUCUAAGCUGAUGCUUUAAAUGCUGAUAAUUAUUGAAUAAAUGUG